CGCGAAUUUAAUGCUUUUGUGUAUGUUUUGUAAUAAGCCCAUUAGUCCAAUGAAAUAAUUUGGCAAUUUUUGGUUCGAAAAUUAAAAACGAUUCUAAAAUACUAUUGCCUCAUAAUAUAAACGGUUAGUAAGAAUUGGAUUAUACUCCGUAUAUCGUAUUAGUCGCAUUGAUCUCAACUAGCUCGCCGGCGUCCCUUCGUCCUCGCCACCGGCGUCGAGCUUCCUUCGCACCUCUCUUGCCGCCGACGAAAUGGGGCCUCGAUCUCUCCCCCUUGCCAUCAGCGAGCUCUGGCCCUGAUCCCCUCCAUCGUCGCCGGAGACUUGCCCGGCUGCCCGAGUUACUGAUUCCAUUGUUAGCUUGUACCUGAUUCCCUACUGCCUGAGUAGCAACUUGGUGCCAUACGUGGCUAUGCCGGUGAUUCGUGCUCCUUCUUCCUCUCUCUCCCAUCUCACCUCCAGAUCGACGCCCACUGCAGCCUAACACGGCACAAGCCCGCCGCCAACACCGCGUUCAUGGGGGCACAGGUAGAUGAGGCCAUGGGGUUGUCGGGGGUAUGCGGCCGCACUCGCCGAAAGCCAGCUAAGAUCCCUGAUCAUUGUUUGGUGAGAUUAUGAGUUCAUUUGUCUGUGCUCACCAACUGUUUGGGGAAAUGCUUGUGAGAUUCCGAGUACUAUAUGGGCACUAAAUAUAUCGAUUUUAAUGUUGGUACAGAUAUGGCUCACUAUCUGUUUUUGUGUUUUGUCAUCACUGGGAAGUUAAUUCCUUUAUAGCUAUAGUUGUAAAAUUUAUCAACUGUUUGAUUGUUUGAUCAUCCAUUAGCCUUCUCCAGAUGUCAAAUUAAGUAGUUGAGUUCAUUGUUAUAGACAUACAUACCAAUCUGCCAAAAGCUACAAGAUUUCUGUCUGUACCCAGUUUGGCCAGACUUCAUCCUUGUAGCUUCUCUCCUUCAUCAGAUGACUUGAUGAAAAUUGGGAAUAAGAAUGAACAGGAUUGAUUGCACUACUAUCGACAAAUCUCCACUGCACGCCAUGUCUGCAUCGGGAAUGUGAUUGUGCUAGUGCUCUUGGAAGAACAUUAAUUUUGGAAUGAGAUUUCUAUGUUGUAAUUGUCCUUUGCAGCUGGCCCGCUUAAAUAAAUAGUGAUUUGUGCUAUGGUAUACAUCCAACACCUAUUAUAAUUGGAAAAUGCUUUUUUUUUGUUAUAUAGAAAUCUAGGAACAGAAAACGUUCUAACUUAAAGAUGCUUUGACAGCUGAGCGUACAACACAAAAGAACAGUAAAAAGGGGGAAACUGUUUGCAAGUUGAAAAGGGUAAAGAGAAUUGUUUACCUGUUGUAUGCAAAAGGAAAAAUGGCCUGGCGGAUGAAACUACAACACCUCAAAGACAUCACAGACCAGUUUUCUCCAGGGCGGGAACUUGGUAAAGGUGGGUUUGGAGUGGUCUACAAGGGAAUUCUUGCAAAUGGGAAACCCAUAGCGGUCAAGAGGCUUCAGGUCAUGCCAGGAAUACAGGACAGACAAUUUAAUAAUGAGGUUCAUCAUCUCAUGGGACUUAAGCACCAGAACAUAGUACAAUUAAUUGGCUACUGUGAUGAAAGACAAGAGAAAGUGAUAUAUGAUGAGUACCAGAAAAAAAAUAUUUGUGCUGAAGUGCAAGAAAGGUUGCUCUGCUACGAGUAUAUGGCAAAUGGAAGCCUUGACAAGUUAGUUUAUGAUCAAUCUCAUGUGCUUGAAUGGCAUGACCGUUAUGCAAUUAUAAAAGGAAUAUGCCAGGGUUUAUGUUACUUACAUGAGGAAUUGGAAAAUAAGCCUAUUAUUCAUUUGGAUCUGAAGCCAAGCAAUAUACUACUGGAUGAUAACUUGCUGCCGAAAAUUGCUGAUUUUGGUCUCUCAAGGCUUUUUGGUGAAGAACAAACACGAACAUGCACUACAAUGGUUACAGGAUCAAUAGGGUAUAUGGCACCAGAGUAUUGUCAUAAAGGAGAAAUCUCAACUAAGUCAGACAUAUAUAGUCUGGGUAUUCUAAUCCUAGAAAUUGUGACAGGAGAAAAAAACCACCAAAGCAGUGUCGAUCUUUCUGGUCAGCGGUUUAUUCAUAGCGUACGUAACAAAUGGUCAAGGAUGUCGAAAAUAACAUCAAGGUAUCCAUUGCUGGAUACACAUAGCCUCCAACAAGUUCAUUCAUGUUUUAAAAUUGGGCUGAAUUGUGUGGAGAUAGAUCCUAAAAGACGACCUCCUGCAAGAAAAAUUGUCAAUAUGCUUCCAUGGGAAUGUAAGAAGGCUGAAGCAAUGGCAUCCAUGCUUCUUCCGAAUGUUUCAAAUGGUCGCUUUACCAGUUCAGUGGUUGAUAAAGAAAGCAAUGUGAUAGGAUUACCAGCGCACCAGGUUGACUCCAACAUGAAGGAGAUACUGAGUGUCAACCCCCUUGAGCUUUGGUUCCCCAUGAAGGCACAAGAGGAGUUUUCAUGCUCAAUGCUGCUAAAAAACAAGACACACCACUACGUUGCUUAUAAGAUCAACGCACAAAAAUUGAAUAUAUACCGCAUUGAGCCAUGCAGUGGUCUUAUAUCUCCACAGUUCACGUGCAAUAUUAGUGUAAGAAUGCAAGCACAACAAGGGGUAUCACCAAACAUGCAGUUGAUGGACAGGAUACUUGUUCAAAGUGUGGUAGUGAGCGAUGAUCUGAUUGAUAUUGCUAAAGACUUGUCCUGCAAACAAAAGGGGAAGCUAGUCUUGAAAGGGCCUGAUAAGAUUAUGUCAAAGAUUUAUGUGAACAUCCGGAAAACAGGAGCCCUUGAUGAGAACAAGCCUAUAUGUGGUACCACAGAGGGGAUUGGCAAUAGCCAUCAUGACAAUAAGCUUUCUGGUUUAAGUAUCAUGAAAAACUCUUCCCGUGACGACUACGUAAUUGAUGGGAUGCGUAUAUAUGUCAAGAUCCCAUCGAUUGCAAAGACCAUUAAACUCAUUGUGAAGAACUCCAACUCUGUUGCUGAUGUCAAGGUGGAGAUUGAACGGAAGGAAGGGAUUCUUCAGGAUAACCAAAUGCUGAUGUAUGCAGGUCGACAGCUUGAUGAUCGCCAGAUUUUAAGUCAUUUUGGUCUAUCAGAUGAUCAGAUACUUCAUGUUUUGAUAUGCCCGUUUGAGAAGCUCCGUAUCUUUGUCAACAUUAGCAACAGAAGAACUGUAAGGCUUGAUGUCGAGAGCUGGUAUACUGUCGCCGAUGUCAAGGUAAUGAUUGAAGCAUUGUUGGGUUUUCCAGCAUGUACACAACUACUUAUGUGGACCAAUCCUAGUGUGGAUAUUGAGCUUAUGGACACAGAAACACUCAAAGAGCAGAAUGUAAAGAAUAAUACUGUUCUGUUGUUGCAUCCGAAUGUCCAGAUCUUCAUAAAAUCAUGGGAAGGGAGGACAUUGACCACGUUGGUUAGCAUGUUUGAUACUGCAGAAGAAAUCUGGAAGAAAAUUAAAAAAAGGUCGCAGAUUAAAGCUGAGAAAUACUUUCUCUGUUACAGAGGUCAUGUUCUACCUCCUGGGGUUUCUCUUGACAUGUAUAAAAUCGAGAGCAAUUCCACUAUCAGUAUCCGCCUGCGGAAUUCUUAUCGAAAAGAGGAACCAGGAAGAAUUACUCGAGGAACCAGUUCAUUUACAUUGCAAAGUAGUCUCAUGGAAUGGUAUCAGGAGAGAAAAUAUGCCAGACAGGCUAAAGCCACUGCUGAAGAUACCAUUCUCCACGCAUAGUGGCUUUGAUGACCAUGAAAAAGUUUACCCAGGUGGUGACUCCGUAUGCUGGCGCUGUGUGCUAGGUUUUCAAGUCGAGGCUCCCGUGUCUUUACGAGGGUAUGCUCUCAAUUGAGGUGGCGUCUCGGCUCCUAUGUGGUGGCACACGAGGCCACUCGUCAUUCUGCAUUGUAUAUGCCUUUCGAGAAAUGCUCAGGGGUCUUCCUGCUAUCUCCACAAGGUGGUGGGCUAGACGACCUGGGUUCAAAGCCUCACCCCUUCUAAUUAUUUGAUAUUAGGUUAUUUCCUAAUAUUCGAGUUUUUUUUUUUUUAAUAUGCCUUUCGGAAGCAGCUUGUUGCUACUCUGUUUACAGAUGACAGGGCAAGUUUAUGUUGAUUCUUCUCUGGUAGUGGGCUUGAGGGUUGUGUUUCAUCACGUAAUUAUUCGUACUGUCUAUUUGGUAGUAUCUUUUUAGUAAAGAGCCACAUUAAGUAUUA